GAUUGGUACAGAUGGUGCCAGAUGCUACCACACUAGCGAAGAUCCACAGGGAGUCUGGACUGAUAGGACCACUGAAAGAAAACACAAUUAAAAAAUGGUUCCGUCAUCACCAUGUUCUGGAAUCAAGUUACGAAGAGGCAAUAAGGAAUUUCUUUUAUUCCUGCGCUGGCUGGUGUGUUGUUACCUUCAUUCUGGGAGUCUGUGAUCGACACAGUGACAACAUAAUGCUGACAAAUGCUGGACACAUGUUCCACAUAGAUUUUGGGAGAUUUUUAGGUCACGCACAGACAUUUGGAAGCAUAAGAAGGGACCGAGCUCCCUUCAUCUUCACAUCAGAGAUGGAGUAUUUCAUCACAGAGGGUGGAAAAAACCCACAGCGAUUUCAAGAGUUUGUGGAGCUUUGUUGUCGAGCUUAUAAUAUAGUCAGGAAACACAGCCAGUUACUCUUGAACCUGCUGGAGAUGAUGCUGCAUGCAGGAUUGCCCGAGCUAAACAGCAUUCAGGAUCUGAAGUAUGUGUAUGAUAACCUCCGUCCUCAGGACUCAGACCUCCAGGCUACCAGCUACUUUACAAGGAAAAUAAAGGAAAGUUUGGAGUGCUUUCCUGUUAAACUCAAUAACUUGAUCCACACACUUGUGCAGAUGUCAGUGACGGGCUCUGCAAAGCCUCCAGCUCCAGAGACUGUCCCCCAAGAAUGGAUGAUGCUCGACGCAGAAAAGUCAAUCGCAAGAGCCACCAUUUUGGGGUUCAACAAAAAGUCUGACUCUCUGUAUCUAGUCCAGGUGGUGCAAACCUGCAAUGUGGUCACUUUUGUGGAAAAAUCAUUCGACCAGUUCUCAAAACUUCACAGCUAUCUCCAGAAGCAGUUUCCAUCACAUGCCCUCCCAGAGUUUCCCCACUCAUGGCAUUUACCUUUUACAGAUCUUGAACAUAAGAGAGUGAAGGAUUUGAAUCUCUAUCUGAAGCGGCUGUUAAGUGGAUCCAGGAAACUGGCUAAUAAUGAGCUUGUACUCAACUUCUUCCUGAAUUGGUCCAAAAAUAAGCUGGCAGAAGAUUCAUCAUCUGUGACCUUAGGUCCUCAGUCAGCUGAUCAUAAGCCUGGAGUACAAUUAGUCAUAUCCUACGAGAGCACCCGUCUGACAAUAAUGUUGAAACACAUGAGGAAUAUUUGCCUCCCAGAUGGCUCUGCCCCAAGUGCACAUGUUGAAUUUUAUCUUCUGCCUGAUCCUUAUGAGGUCAGUCGAAGGAAAACAAGAACUGCUCCAAAAAGCUCUGACCCUACUUACAAUGAAAUUGUUGUGUAUGACAAAGUCACAGAGCUCAGAGGCCGUAUACUGAAGCUUGUUGUGAAAAGCAAAGAAACGUUUGUUGGAGCUGUUAACAUUCAACUGAGCAGUGUCCGGUUAAAUGAAGAAAAGUGGUAUCCACUGGGAAACAGUGUAAUUUAA